CCUCGCCGGCCCCGCCGCCAGCCGCCCCGGCCGGGAAGUGACCGAGCGGGCGCGCCGCCGCCGCCGCCGCAGAGCCUCGCCCGGCGCGUCGCAGCAGCGCAGCGGAAGGGAACGGAGCGGGCGGGCAUGGAGGCAGCGGAGAAGGAGUGCGGGGCGCUGGGCGGCCUUUUCCAGGCCAUCGUCAACGACAUGAAGAGCUCCUACCCUGUCUGGGAAGAUUUCAACUCGAAAGCCACGAAGCUCCACUCCCAGCUGCGGACCACCAUACUGGCUGCAGUGGCUUUCCUGGAGGCCUUCCAGAGAGUGGCAGACAUGGCCACCAACACCAGAGGAGCCACAAGAGAUAUCGGCUCGGCACUGACUCGGAUGUGCAUGCGCCACCGCAGCAUCGAGACCAAGCUGAGGCACUUCACCAACGCCCUCAUGGAGAGCCUGAUCAACCCCCUGCAGGAGAGGAUAGAAGACUGGAAGAAGACGGCCAACCAGCUUGACAAGGACCACGCAAAAGAGUACAAACGAGCCCGCCAUGAGAUAAAGAAGAAGUCUUCCGACACACUGAAACUUCAGAAGAAAGCCCGCAAAGAGCUACUUGGCAGGGGGGACCUGCAGCCUCAGCUGGACAAUGCCCUGCAGGAUGUGAACGACCUGUACCUCCUGCUGGAGGAGACGGAGAAGCAGGCAGUCCGCAAGGCCCUGGUGGAGGAACGGGGGAGGUUCUGCACCUUCAUCGCAUACCUGCAGCCGGUGGUGAACGGAGAGAUCACCAUGCUGGGAGAGAUCACCCACCUUCAGGGCAUCAUCGAUGACCUAGUGGUGCUGACAGCAGAUCCACAACUGCCAACAGCCAGUGAGCAGGUGAUCAAAGAUCUGAAGGGCUCCGAUUACAGCUGGUCUUACCAAACCCCCCCAUCCUCCCCUAGCAGCUCAGGAUCCCGAAAAUCCAGCAUGUGCAGUGUGGCACAACCGGUAAACGCCAACACCCGCCUAUCCAGUGUCUCAUCACAUGACUCGGGCUUCAUCUCGCAGGAUGCCAUGUUCUCCAAACCUCCUUCGCCAAUGCCCUUGGACAUCACCAGCCAGAAGUCCUCCAGCUCCGCAUCGUCUGAAGCCUCUGAAACUUGCCAAUCUGUUAGUGAAUGCAACUCCCCAACCUCGGAUUGGUCCAAGCUCCCCACGUAUGAGCAGCCGGGGGCAAAUGCUCUGCAGCGUAGAAAGGAUCGUGUGGAGCUUCUCCGGGAGAUAGAACCAGGCUCGGCCUCCCUGAUUUAUCCAGGGCUCAGCUUGGAGGAUGGUGCCCGGCCUCGCCCCUCUCCCGCUUCCAUUGCUGCCAAGCACGGGGAGGAGGUGUCUCCAGCAGCCAAUGACCUGGCCAUGGUGCUGACCCACAGCCUGAGCCUGGAACACCAGAAGAGCAGCCGGGAUAGCCUGCAUUUCUCCAGCGGCUACAGCACCCAGAACACCACCCCGUCCUGCUCUGAGGACACCAUUCCCUCUCAAGGUUCAGAGUACGACUGCUAUUCGGUGAAUGGGGACAUCCAGAAUGAAUUAGACAAAUCCUCAACCAUCCCUCGCAAUAGCAGUAUUGCUCAAAAUUAUCGGCGGAUGAUCCAGACCAAGCGACCGGCUUCAACGGCUGGCCUGCCCAUUGGCACUGCUUUGCCAACCGGGACCACGCCAGGCGUGGCUACUAUCCGUCGCACACCUUCCACCAAGCCCACGGUUCGCCGAACCGUCUCCAGCGCCGGUCCAAUUCCCAUCAGGCCCCCCAUCGUCCCUGUCAAGACCCCCACUGUGCCUGACUCGCCCAGUCACGCCAGCCCCCUCCGGAUGGGCAGCGAUGAAUGUGUCUUCUACGCCGAUGAUGCCUGCUCGCCGCAUGGCCUGGACUUCACGAAAGCCUCCCCCAAGAGGCUGAGCCUGCCCAAUGCCAGCUGGGGCAGCAACGCCCUGGAGAUCUCGGUGUACGCCAGGACCGGGAAGCCUUCCACCGAAGAGGAGCAGCAACUGGCCGCCAACCGGCACAGCCUGGUGGAAAAGAUUGGCGAGCUGGUGGCCAGUGCUCAUGCCCUGGGAGACGGCCAGUUCCCUUUCCCCACGGUGUUUUCAGACUCUGGAUCUGAGGAGCAGACCCACAACGUCCCUCCAGCCGCUUCCAGUGAGCCCCCCACUGAAGACAUGCUGAUAGCCAUCCGCCGUGGGGUGCGCCUUCGUCGAACCCUCACCAAUGAUAGGUCAGCGCCACGUUUCUUGUGAUUGCUCUGCUCAGCUGUUGACCCGAACUCCUCCUGAGCACAAGGCGCCCGGCUUCAGCAAAGGAGUGGGAAAGGUAGCAGAGGCUGGGCAAACUGCCCAAAGGCUGCCACGCCUCCCACGGUCAGGCUCUGGGUUAAAAGACUACAUGAAAUGCCUUUCUGAAGCCCCCCACAAAAUCCCCGCUUAUCUAGAACCCCUUUGGAGCCCAUUUCCUCCCUUGUUCUCCUCUCCCUUGCGCACUUUCUCUCUGCCCUCCUCUGCAGUGAGGUGGGAAAGCAGCGCCUGCCUCCCCUCCAGCUUGGAGCAGCAAUGGAGGAACCUUCUCUAUCUUCUCCUCCAAAGGCCUUGCAAGACGGAGUGUAGAAAUGCAGCUCCUUCCCAAGGUGUGGGGGGACUGUGGGCUGUGCGAGGAGCAGGACCCCCUUCCUGGGCUUCCCUAAGAAGGCAACUUUUCUCGGGAGGGGCUCCCUUCUAGUUGAGGGGGUCUCUCCAGUGAGACUGUCUCAGGGAGACAGUCCCUAGAAGGGCUGCCUCCUUCCUUGCCCAACAUGGAGCCCACACCUGGCUUGAGCUUCACAGAGCUUAGAGGCCUCCCUGGAGGCAGGACAGAGAUGGCAAAUGGGCUGCUUUGACACAAUUUUGAGCAUGGUCUGCAUGGAGGCCCAGCUAUGGCAGAAUGCAAAAGUGCCUAUGGAGAAAGAGGGCGGAGAGUGGAAAGGAGUCCAGGGACAGACGGGGUGGGGGGGGACGUGCUUCGUGGGAGCUGUGCCAGGCACUGCCUUAGGCAGGCUUGGCCUUUGCAGAUUUUUCCCUGAAGGAGGGUGAGGGAGCAAUGCCAGGAUGGGGCAUCUUGAACACAGCCCUUGCCCCGAGCCAUCUCAAGGCCCCGGGUCCCCUGGGGUAGCUGCCCUUGGGCAGGUUCCUCUCUUCUCAGACCAAUCCGGACUCUUGACCGAUCGAACCAAAAGGGGGUCAGGAGAGGCUCCUUUGGCUGAGGCUUUGGGGGAUUGAUUUGAACAGAGCCAAAGUCCUCCGCUCUGCCACCACCACAAUUGGUCUGGCAGAUCACCGUGACGGAGGCCUUUGGUUUGACCUGCUAGUGCUGACUGGGCUCACAAGCUCCCUGAAGCCAGUCUUGGUUGGCUUGAUUUCAGCUCCACCCGAUGUGCAAGGCCAUCCGUGGCCCUCAGAAUCUUCUUGCACAAGGCUGAGCCACGUUCCCUUGAAGAGCCCAAGUGAUGCUGAACGUGCACCAGACUUGGGGGGGGGGGGAGGGACAGCUGAAAAACAAAGUCCUGAAAAGGGACUUUUGGAAACGGCUCCGAUCUCUUUCGGGAACCCAUGACAAUUCCACGGUGGGAUGGUUUUGACGGCCAAGGACGGAAGCAGUGAGGUGAGCCAUGGCCCAGGUUGCUCAGCUUCGUCCCUGUGGCCUGAGCCAUUGACCUGCCUUGGAGUGAGCCCAGGGCUUUCAUUGCCCCUCUACUGCGCCAGGGCUGUCCUGCCUCACUCUCUUCUCCACCUUGUUCAUUCUCACCAAACUUCUGCACUUUCAUCCACAGAACGUUUUGUCUCGAAGCUCGCCUCGUUGUAAAGUCCUGACCAGUUGUUUACAGAUGUGGAAUCUGCCUGUUUUUGUAGUUGGCAGGAAGAUUUGUAAUGGGGAUGUUGGCAGAAAUGAUGCCAAACGUAGCCAUAAUGCGUUUAUUCACAGCUGGCACCCGAUGGAGCUUUCCAUGGUCUGGACCCAGAUCUAAAGAGAUGUGAAAGCUCUUCUCCUAAAUGGUGAUUGGUGACCUUCACUUCUCUCUGAAACUAGAAAUGAGUCUCUGUUGGCAAAAGGAAAGUGAUGGUGGGAAAGAGAAGACGGUUUUGAAAGGUUGCAGAGUGGAAGGCAUGAGAAAAGCUGCCUUUCCUUGGGCAGGGCUAGGAAGGGGAACUGGCAAUCCUGCUGGUUCUCUUGUUUUUAGUUGCAGAACUUUUGAUGCUGGGCUUGGCAUGUCUGGUACAGGUGGCAUCCAGAGGUCAACAUGUGAUGCACAUGUGGCACAAGAAAGCAAAAUUGAAAACGAAUGUUUGCUGCUGUUGCACCAUUAAGGAUUCCAGUAUGUUCAGUUGAGGGGAAAGUAUAUUUUAAAAACUUCGAGUUAUUUCAAGAAGCACACAUCAAAUGUAAGCCUAGAACUGGGAAAUGUAGGGUAGGGUUUGGGGCACUGGUUUGCCCAACCUGGUCUUGGGACUUCCAGUUUACACCUCUGGAGAACAUUUAAGCCUGAGGUGGCCUGUUCUGAGGGGCAAAGAGCUCGGGCCACGAGAAGGUAUGCCGUGGACUCAGAAGGGCUGGAGGCUUCCUUGGCAACGGAGAGGCCGCCUGUCUCCCCAAAGGCCAUUGAGGGAGCAGCACGAGGACUCCAGCAUCCUAAGAGGAAGAAGGUCUCACCUCCCAUGUACAUAGCCGUUUGCUCCCCAUCUGGUUCUACCUGUCUCUCUGUGUGUUACAUCAUUGUAGGCCCCUCACUCUUUGGCUCUUGUGAUAACUUUCCUUUGAACACGUCAGCCCUCCUGUGAUUCCCACACCUCAAACGUGACACUGUGAGAUUGUUGCUUUUUGCUUUUCCAAUUUGUUUUGUACAGUAAGAAACAAGCCUUCUAAAAUGUCUGUCAGCUGAUGUUAAUUGUGCUGGUGCUGUUAACUUUUUCUUCCUUUCCAUCCCAUAAUUUAUUUUCCUAUUAGUCUGAGCUUCUCCACAUGGGCCCUUUCUUCCCAUUUAGUUGUGGGUUUUUUCAUUCAAAAUAGUCACCGCUACAGGUAACAAAUGCACUGUGAAAAUUUCAGUAUUAAUAAAAGUUGUACUGUAAUUAAUGUAAAUUGUUCCUCCUCUUUAUUCUGCCCUCCCUGGUUAAAACAAAUGUAGAGUUUUGUCCAACUGUCCUGAACGUCAUCUCUACAUUUUGCAGAUAUUCUUGGAUGGCUUUGAGGACUGCCUUCAACCCCAAUCGAUUGGGUGAUCAUGGCUCAUCAUAUUUCACACCCGGCCUUGCGGUGAAGUUGCCAAAAGCAUUUGUGUGACAACAGUCUAGUCUGGCUGGAGGGCAUAUAGUCCAGUUUGUUGACCAAGCCACCUCUGCAGCACAGAUCAUUUCCUGGCCUGUUAUGCUGCUGCACUGGGCUGAAACUACCUUCCUUCCCUCCAUCUGGAAAAGUUUCCUGCCUGAGCAGUGGGUUGGAUGAGAAGACCUCCAGGGUCCCUUCCAACUGUUGUGUUAAAUACAUGUGAUCCUGAAGAAUCAGAAAAAACCCAAACUUUUCUAGAUUUGAGAAACGAAACAAUUGCCCCACUUUCCACAGCCCAAGAGUCAAGUCUACGGUUUGUAGGCGUAUGAAAGUCGUAAACAGUUUAGGCCAAGGAAUCCCUUUAGCUCCUCAGGCCCACUUUGGUCCCGAGACUACAUAAAUUUCAUUCUCUCCCAGCUAUUUCUGCAAUUCCAACCACUGAAUAUGUGGAUGGCCUGAAGAACUGCCUUCCUCUCCAACAAACUGCCUGGAGGGACGGGGGUAGCCAGAGGUGGGUUCAGACCGGUUUGGCCAAGUAGGUAUAGUAACUUGGUCUGCCACGCCCCCAAACUCAGCCUACGGCGCCAAAAUUUUGUUUUUUGCUUCAUCUCCCUCCUGCCUUACAACUUGUACAAACACUCCUGCAAUCUGUAAACAGAGUGGCUUGACAGCCAAAGGAUUGAGGCUGUGCAGAACUUCCAAUAUGAAAGCAAAAGGGCCUCCGAGGGUUACUGCAGCAGGAAAAGACAUGGCUGCUUUAAAGAGAUCCCUGCCUUCCCUCAUUUUCCAAUCUGAAGCACUUCACAAUUCUACUUUUUAAAGGAAAAUUUCUAUCCAUAUCACAGGAAUAAUUUGGCUAAGCCCACUGGCAAAAAUGUAGCUCUAAAGGAAUUCUGUGUCAUCUUUGGUCAAAUAAGCACGGAGCUGGACAUCAAAAGGUUUCUUGGCUACGAAAAAAGGCUGAAACGCAACUCAUGCCCACAAAGGAUGGAUGGAUGGACUAGCUCUGCCAGAGAAGGAUUUCCUUCAAUCUAUGUUACACUGUCUAGCAAGUUCAGUAUUUUUUUUAAUUCUUUUAAGAUUGUAACCACCAUCUCUCCAACGAGCAAAAUACUAAUUUGAUGCAAAACUAUUUACAACA